UUUCAUUUGAGCACCCUUGUUCUGUCACUGCUUUGGUGUAAAUGGAGGCAGAGGAUAAAUAAUGCAACCUGACGACUGAAGUAUGAAUAUGACCUCACGCCAUCAGAAGAAUAUGACACAAAACAGCAGGAUGACUUGGUUUUUGUUGUUGAUUCUUCUCUGGAUUCUCCCUGUUUGCCCAGCCAAAAAAAAUGAGUGUAAGAAAAUAAGAAAGUUUUUGACUGACAAUAAACCUAAUUUUAUUGCUGCUGACAACUACAAUGGCAUCGUCUCGGCAACCGAGCAGUGCGCAGAUAAUAGAUCCGUAAGCGUACUGAUGCUGAACAAAACAAACUUUAAAGAACGACAGUGCAACAAAAUCCUAAAUGUGUGGGAGGACCAAGGCGGUUUUCAUCUGUUGUCCAUUGGCAAAUGGCACGUCAGGAAAGGCAUCUGCCUGCACAUCCUGCAUGGGAAGAACUGCAGUGUGAAUCACCUCAACAUCACAGGAGACGGUACAUGUGACCAAGAGGGAUUUCCUUACGGUAACUGUACGAUUAUGCGUUUGAACACCAAGGAUGCCUGUUCUAAAUCUAAAUAUCAGGAGGAUUUUUGCCGGGGUAACUUUUCCCAGAAAAAAAGAUAUACGGUCAAUAUAACAAGAACAGGGAUAAAUUGUUACAACUGUAACAAUCCAUUGAAAAAACCUGAUGAAGUUAUUGUUAAAACAUCAAUUCAAACUGGAGAUGAAGAGGACAUCGACCCCGCUCAGGCUGCCGAGGCCAUGAGCAAAGUGUCCUCAUGGGUCUCUGAGGUGAAAGAGUCCUCUGCUUCAAUGUCUUUGGGAGGAGGCAUCAGCGGUGUCUUGAUGAAGCAGACAGAAACUAGUCCAGAAGACAUGGAGGAAGUAUCCUUUGGCUUUUCCUCCCACAACUCCACAAUGGACAUUAUCGACACCAGAGAGUAUACAUCUGGCUUUUCAAGGUCUGUGACAAUACCAAAACAAGCGUUUGAGAAAGCGUACAGUUUGACCAGUGGUACCCCAUUUGUAGGAGUUUUUCGAUUCCCCAAUAUGGCAAAGGAUGAGAUGAACAGCACUGUUUUAGAUAAUGAGGUCUUAGCAAUUGAAAUGGGAGCAGUGAUCAAGAAUCUCACAGACGAUAUACUCAUCAAUUUUCGGAAUAUCGGAGAGGAGGGAAGUCCAUCUUGUACAUCAUGGGAUGGAAAAGGAAGUCGGCCAAACUGGACAGAUGAUGGAUGUGAGACAAUCAUACAGGGACAAAACGUUACAUGCCAGUGCACUCAUUUGACAUUUUUUGCUGUAUUAAUGUCUCCACCCAAUGUGACCCUCUCUAGUGCUGACCUGAAUGCCCUCACCUAUAUCACCUCUGCUGGCUGUGGCUUGUCCAUGUUCUUCCUCAGCAUAGUCCUCUUUAUGCACUUCUUGAUGAGGAAGUCCAGGGCGAGCGAGGCCACACAUAUUCUCAUCCACCUUGUCAUAGCUCUGUUCCUGCUCAACCUCACUUUCCUGACCAACAACUCAGUAACAAACAUGACAAACCCUGUGGCCUGUAAGAUCAUGGCAGGUGCCAUGCACUACAGCAUGCUGGCCACCUUCACUUGGUUUGCUGUGAAGGCCGUCCAUCUCAACCUGCAACUCUUCAUGGCUGGGAAAAUUACAAUUCACCACUACAUACUUAAAGUCUCCAUUACCAGUUGGGCACUUCCGAGUGUUGCUGUGAUUGUCCUGUUCAGCCUGGACAAAUAUGGUGAACAAGUCAUCAAGACUGAUGCGAGUAAUGUGACCAUGUGCUGGAUAACAGACAGCGAUGUCCACUACGCUGUCAACAUAGGCUAUUAUGCUGUGGUCUUCCUCUUGACCUUUACUACCUUCAUUACCACACUGGUCUGGCUUUUCCACCACAAGAAAACCAGUGCAGAUGUGGCUCAACUGGACAGACAUGGCAAGAACAUUUUCAUCAUCACGGGACUGUGCUGCAUGCUGGGUAUCACGUGGAGUUUUGCCUUCUUUGCCCAUGGUGCUCUACGGGUGCCCUCCUACUACAUUUUCACCAUCCUCAAUUCUUUCCAAGGUUUCUUUCUAUUCCUCUACUACUACAAGACCCAGCAGGUGACAAAAGGCGUUACUGUUGGUUUCGGCAAGCAAAGCUCCAGCAGCACCAGUGGUAGCACCCUGAAAACCACUCUUAACGACCCUCCUUCCAAUCCCUAUGCCGUAACAAAUCCUCAGAGCGACUGAUGUUGGUGUCGGCAAUACAAGCUCCAGCAGCAGCAGCAGUUCCAACACCUUUACAACCACUCUUCCCUCUAAUCCCUAUGCCAUAACAAAUACCCAGAAAGUAUAGGACAAAGGGAAUAACUAAAUCUGAACCACGGAUUAGAAACAAGUGCAUUUAAUCAAGCCCAAAGUGUACCUUUACAUAUAUUAACAUUGUGCUUGAGUACUGUA